GAAAAGAAAAAGUCGAUAUAAAACCCUAAAUAUCCAAAAACCCUUUUUUUUUAAUUUUCACAGAUAGCAGCAGCAGCAGUCUGUAGCACUAAUCAAUUUCCCCCAUUUUUAUCCCCCAAAUUCCACCUGGGUUUCUUCACUUCUUCUUCUUCUCCUGUUUACUUCAGAUAUACUUUCAAGAAACCCCCAAAAAUCUUGUCUUUUUCGCAGCUGUUUCUUUCACUGUCAAGAAAAAGAUGGACUCUCGUGGCCCAUCUGCACCACCACCCCACCACCACCAACACCACCAACAACCACCGCAUCUACACCAGCAUCAGCAUCACCACCAGCAUCAACAACACCACCAGCAUCAACAACACCAUCACCAGCAACAGCAACAGCAACACCAUCACCAGCAACAGCAACAGCAACAGCAACCACCAACUGGGUUGAUGAUGAUGCAUCAUCAACACCACCAAUCAAAUUCACCUUACUCAACUCCAAAUUCGAACGCUCCCCCACCUCAGAUGAUCGCUACUCCGAAUUCGUCUUCCUCUAUGCUGCAGAACAACCGUUUCCCGUUCAAUCAAGUUGUGACAACUACCCCUCCUCCUUCGAAGAACCCCAGUUCUAGUCUCGAACCACUCAAUUCGCCUUAUUCUGGUGAUGGGUCUUCUGGGUUGAGGCCAUCUGGGUUCGGCAUUGAUCCGAAUUCGUCUUCUUCGCAGAAGAAGAAGAGGGGUAGACCUAGGAAAUACUCCCCUGAUGGUGGGGGUAGUAACAUUGCUUUGGGGUUAGCUCCUACCCCAAUGUCUUCUUCUGUGAUGGGAAGUGGAAGUGGUGUUGCUGCUGGUGGCGGGCAGGCGGAUUCCGGUGGGACUGCUCCGUCCUCGGAUAAUCCGUCUAAGCGGCAUCGCGGCCGCCCCCCUGGUUCUAGCAAGAAGCAAUUGGAUGCAUUAGGUAACUGUGGGGUUGGUUUUACGCCGCACGUUAUCUUGGUGAACGCCGGGGAGGACAUUGCGUCAAAAAUUGUAGCCUUUUGUAAGCAAGGGCCGCGUACAGUUUGCGUUCUUUCUGCAAAUGGUUCCAUCUGCAACGUGAGCCUUAAACAACCUGCAAUGUCAGGAGGUGUUGUGAACUAUGAGGGACGAUAUGAGAUUAUUUCUUUAUCAGGCUCAUUCCUGUUCUCAGAGAAUACUAGUGGCCAAGUCCGAUCAGGUGGCUUGAGUGUAUCUCUGGCAGGCGGAGAUGGGCAAGUACUCGGCGGUGGUGUUGCUGGGAUGCUGAUGGCUGCCUCUAAUGUUCAGAUCAUCGUGGGUAGCUUCAUCGCAAAUGGCAAAAAGACAAAGUACAUGCCAUCAGUACCUCACUCAAAUAACGCGUUGAGCUUUCCCGCACCAGCACUACCAGCUGCUGAAAGUCCGCCCUCCCAGGAAGUCGACAGUGAUGGAUCAGAGGAUAAUGGUAGUAGCCAUAUUGAUCGGGCUAUGGGACCCUACGGCAAUUCCCAUCAUCCCGUGCAUAAUAUGCAAAUGUAUAACCAGAUGGGCUGGCCCAACCCGAAGAUGCUUCAAAACUAGAGAGAGCUGAUCGUGUUAUUUGGUGAUCAGAGGCUGAUUUUCAGAUUCUAACAGGCAGAGUCUAAAAAGCAUAUAUCAUAGAGUAGCUUUCUUCUCCUUAAUUACUUGCUUUUCCUCCGUCUUCAUUUACCUGUUAAUUAUACUUAGGUGGUUUUUAUGUCUUCCCCCCCCCCCCUCCCCCUCCUCCCGUCCCUGUCAGUGUAGUAGGUAAAUGACAUUAUCACCCCCGGUGUUAAAAGCUGAGUUUUGCACGCCAUUUUUAGCAUCGUUUGCACAUAGUCAUCAGUAUGAGGUCAAAUUUAUAUUUUCCCAUCUGAUGCAAUGGGUGCCUGACUUGAAAUGUAGAUUUCUUAAUUUUUUAAUUUUUUUUUAAGGAUUGAUUUCGUGUAACAUGGGUUUUGAGUUCGAAUUUGGAUUUGGAUUUGAAUUGGAGUGUUGAUGUUUUUGUGGGA